CGCAUUUUAUUUUCACAUCAAGAAAAGAAGCUGGGGAAACAUAGGGGACUUUGGUACAAUCAGCAUGGCGGAGGACAGCGUUACAUUGACUUGACAUUUAUUCAAAAUGUUUGGGAAUAUACCCAUCAUCAUAUUUACGAUUAGGUUGUGUGACUCGAGCUCCCAGAUUAGCCAGCAGUGUCCGUCUCAGUGAAUAUGGAGAGGGGGUCAGCAGAUGGGGGACGGGCACAGGCUGGGUCCAGCUGUUCCCCCUCUGCCCCCGACACAAACAAGGAGGCAGAGCUGAGCAUGGCCAUGGUCUGGUCCAUCCAAGAGGCGGUGGAGCGCCAGACGCUGCAGAUUGGCAUCUCGGCUUGCGGUGCCACAGCUGUGGUAGACGUCCUGCAGGCACUGGGCAUCACCGUGGUGGCGGAGUUAGUGGAUAGCCAUGUUAGGACGCGCCUGCGCAGGAAUGAGUCCCCGCUGCCAGACUACCUGCACUCACGGAGUGAAGCAGGUGCCACCCACCAGCAGCUGAUAGCUGGCGCAGAGCAGGCCAGUGAUGGCAAGGUGCUGGGGCGCUUCUUCUCCCUGCACCCCCAGCGCAAAGUUAGGCUGGUUCCCUGGCUGGCCAGUUGGAUCCGCAGGGGAGCAGUGCCUGUGGCCACCAUGAACAUGCAGCGGGCAGUACCCGCAGGAGAGGAGAUACCUGAUGCCUGGCACCACCAGCUGAUCUUUGGGGUGGGACCCAAUGCUGUGUUCAUGGCCAAUCCUUUAGAUGUGGUAAGUGAGGGGGAGGUGCAUGAACGUCUCUGCAGUGAGUCGGUCCUCCUGGUUCGGAGAGAAGAUGUGCUGCAGAGACUGACAGGUGAUACCCCCCAAUCAGCAAUCUCAGAUCACCCUGACCCUCGAUGGAAAGUUCUUGAUGUGGAAGGUCAGGUGAAGCAGAUGAUCACUGAGGAAGAUCUGAGUGAUGAAGAACACCCUAAAAUGAUGCAUAUCGUAAUCCCUGCUGCUUACACCUCUGGGGUCACACUGUUCACCCUCAGAGACUCUGAUGUUGGGCGCAGUCUUUUACAUGCUCCUGAACUCCCUAUGCUGUGAUUGGACAAACUUGGUAUUCUUUAUUAAAUAUGACAAGGUGAAGGCC